AUCUGUAACAUUAGUGCAUUUUGCAUUUUAUUGUUUGUGUUAUGUUUCCAGGAGCAUGUGUAGCAUAUUUUCUGACAAAAAGACGUGAAUAUCGCAAUGCUCUAAAUCCUUACCAGAGCCUGAAGGAGCGUGAAGAAAAGAAGCUGCGUAGCAGAAGAUAUCGGCUUUUUGCUUACCGCUCAUCCAUCAUUGCCCAGUUUCCUUUGGCAGACCAGCAGCUAUGGGAAGGUGUAACUGAAGAGCUAAUGUCAGAUGAAGAAGACAGUCCAGUGGAGCCCGGUGUUUGGGUGGCAAGAGUACCCUCUUUUCGAUCAGCACAACUCUCAGAACUGAUCUGUCGUAUUAACGCUAACUCUAAGCAUGGUCUCAAGCCCAACCGUGUCUAUGGUCCUCCUUCUGAUCGACUGCCAUCAAAAGAUGUGUUGAGGCUCCCUCCAGAGCUUUACUGUGCAGGGUUUGAUGAUGACUUUGAUGACAGUGCGUUGGGUGAGGCCAUGAUCAUUGGAGAAAAUGGAGAGUACUGCUCUGAGAUACUAAGCCCAGCAUCUGGUAAUGUGGAGGUAAAACUAGAAAGAGACGAAUGAUUGGGCGCAUGAAUUACAGUUUGGAUUAAGCACCUUGGAUUAAAGAAUUGAUUAUAGUGUUAAUUAUAUGUAUUAGUAAUGCAGAAAUUGUAUAUUUGUGUAUUAUAUAACACUUUUAAAAUAAACACAGUUACUUUUAUUAUA